AUGUCUACAAUCCUUGUAAAUGCUUGGGUGGAAAUAACCGAUCCGCAUACAAACGAUAUCUUCUAUGCUAAUCCUCAAACGGGAGAAUGCGCGUGGGAAAAACCAUCUAGUUCAUUAUUGCAUCAAAAAGAUCCGACAGGGGAAUGGUGGGAAUUAUGGGAUGAUAAUCACCAACUCCCUUAUUAUUAUCACACGGCAUCUGGGCAGACUGAAUGGAUCCGUCCGGAAACUGGAACAAUCAUUCCACUGACAAAAAUUCAGAAAUCAUCAAUUGGUAAAAGGAUAUCAAUUGCUCUAACUCCAUCGGAUGAUGAGAUUGAUAUAAAUCAGUUACAACAAAUUAAUGGCUUAAGGCAUGCUAAUACUAUAUCUCCGGAACGUUCUUCCGGAAUGUUAAGUAUUAAUUACGUUUUAUCGAAACAAACUUCGGUUUCAUCAAAUUUCUCGCCUCCCCCGUUACUUAAAUUAUCAACUUCAAACAAAGAAGAUUCACUUGAAACUCUACUGAGUGAAAAUAGCGUCGAUAUGGGUUCCUCAAAUAAAAAUAUUAGUCGUUUAAACUCUUUGAACGAUUCAAGUAAAGAAAGUUCGGAAAAUUCUAUAAAUGAAGAUUUUACAGGUUCCUCUUCUCAAAGUUCUCCCAACGAUAAAUAUAUUGCUUCAAAUUCUUCUGAUAUACAUUCUCAGGAUGGUGAAGUAGUUCCAUUAAAACGGAAAACAAAAAUUUCUCAAUCUUCUAUUGAUUCCACAAUGAGUGCAUCUACGGCUUCAACUUCUCGUCCAAAAACUCCAAAUUCUGGAAACACAUCUAAUGGUGGAAAUCAAUUAAUGCCAAAGAUUCCAAAUUCUGGUAAUACUUCUAAUGGUGGAAAUCAAUUGUUCAAAAUUAUGACUCCAAAAAAAUCUACCGAAGUUGCUGAACGUGCUAGAAAGGCUGGAAUUAGUAACCCUCUCGGAAUAAAUUAUGACGCUGCUGCUGCAAUGAGGCCAACUGGCACGUAUAGGGAUCUUGAAAAAAAGAGAUCUGGAUACAAAAUACAUACUCGUAAAUUAAGUACUGGGGAAGUUAUGACUUUACCUGCCGAAUUACAACAAGAUAUAAAUAAGUUUCGUAUAGAUGGGUUUGCUAGAAAGUAUUUUAAUACUCAUAAAAAAGGAAUUUUUCGAAGGAAAGUUCCGGUUGAAAAGAUGCUUAAAUUUCAAAAGGAUGGACUUAAACAACCAUUGAUGGUACUAAAUCCUAAUAUUCAAAAAGAUGCGAUAAAAUGUUUCAAAACUAUUCAACGCAUAAUGGGUGAUAGGUCAAAAGGUCGUAGUGGUUCAUCGAAUGUAUUGGAAAAUAUUCAAUGGCUGCUAGAUUGUGGUAUUUUACAUGGCGAAUUACGAGAUGAGAUAUAUGUUCAAAUUUAUAGCAUAAGAAAAGGUUGGGAACUUCUUAGUGUGGUGACAGUUACUUUCCCACCAUCUAAGAAUUUUGAGGCAUAUCUUUUGAAUUUCAUAAGUGAAAAUUUUAACGUGCAAGAAAACCAAAUUGAUGUGUUAAGCAAACAUGUGCAUAGUAGAUUGGUUAGAAUAUGUAAACGUGGUCCGAGGGGUAAAGUUUUGACAUUAGGGGAAAUAGAGAGAGCAAGGGAGGCGCCUUUUCAUCCUUCUUUAUUUGGUGAGACAUUAGAUUUCGUAAUGAAGCUGAAGCUUCAAAGAGAAUCAUAUCCAAAUUUAAAAUUACCAUGCAUUUUGCCCUUUCUGGCGAAUGCGAUUCUUGAGUUGAAGGGUCAAGCUUCUGAGGGUAUAUUUCGUGUACCUGGUGAUGCUGACUAUAAACUAAGAAUAGAAAAUAAUCGGUUCGACAUAGCUGGGAUAACAGAUGCAAAUGUUCCAUCUUCACUAUUCAAAUUUUGGUUACGAGAUUUAGCUGAUCCACUGAUACCGAGUGAAUUUUAUAAUCAAUGUAUACAAAAUUGUGAAAAUGUAGAACUUUCAAUCGAAAUUAUUAAAAAUUUACCGGAAAUUAAUCGAAGAGUUGUUUUGUUUGUGAUCGAUUUCUUGCAGGUAUUCACGAAACCUCACAUAACAAAGUUAACAAAAAUGAAUGUAAAUAAUCUAGCAAUGGUAUUUGCACCAAAUUUCUUAAGAUGUCCAUCAGAUAAUCUCGCAGUUAUAUUCGAGAACACAAAAUACGAGCAAACAUACGUUAGGACAUUGUUAUUAAAUCUUCAUAGUAGAGAAAUUGAAUCUGAUCUAGAGUAUAUCAAUGUUGAUGAUGUAUAA